AUGCUUGCCUCAUUAAUCGUACGUGCUUCGAACGGUAAACGGAUUUGUAGCAAAAAAUUCCACAAAAUAUCCGACAGUGAUUCCUUCUUCCAACGAGUUGAUAGCGCAUCAGCUGAGAAAUGCCUGGAACGAUGCAUCGAUCAGAUUGAGCACUGUAAAGCAGCUGUAUUCACACAGGACAGGAAAAAGUUGAACGGCCUUUGUCAACUGUAUGCAGUGAAUUCACAAUCGAACGAUGUCAAAGUUGUUAUCGAUGGAACGCUGAACCCAAUCAGUACAGUUUACGAGCUCGCUGACAAAUGCGCGGUGUCGUUAUCGAACAACAAAGAUGACAUUGCAACAAGAAUUGAUCCUGAGCUCCGAUAUAAACUAGAAAACUGGUCAGAUGAUGAGAAUGAAGACAAGAUUCUAAAAAUAAUUGCAACUGAUACAGCAGAACAUCGGCGAAAAGAGACUGAAAGUGACAGCGAAUCUCAUCGAACGGAAACUGAUGAAGGAGAGAUGCGCACUGAUCACGCGAAAACAAAGAUCGCGAUGAGUGAAUUCAAUGGACCACGCUUCAUCACGACCGAUAGCAGUCACGAAAAGGAAUCGGAAGUUUCUCGAUUUCGAACAUUUCCCAAACCUCCUCCGACCACACAUUCUCGAGAAGAAGAUGGUUAUCCUACUGAACCGAAACUUCCAUCGCCCAAUCGAUGGUCAUCAGGCGUUCAUGAUGGUGUAGGCACUGAGAACGUAAAGCCUGCUCCCAUUCAUCCCGUUCAGUUGUCACGUUCUGGUGAACCAAUACCGUGCGCAGAUGCCAACUGUUACGCUCAUGCAUUGAUUGUCUCCUCUCAGAUGGGUUACGUCAAUCCGUGCGCAACACUCGUUAACAAUCCUUGUGCAUCUCGCUUGUCAAAUCCAUGUCCAUCGAUACCUCAAUUAGUGCCUUGUGCAUCGUCUAUUUCUGACAAGUCUCCACAAUCCACUGAAAGCUUAUCAGCUGAUGUUGUAUGGUCGGAAUGGUCGGGGUUAUCGACUUGCUCUGUUACCUGUGGAGAAGGAAUAGCCGAACGACGACGUUUCUGCUCAGUGGAAGGUCAUUGCCCAGGCGCAUCAGUAAGAGAAGAGCCCUGUGAACGAGAGCCAUGUGCACAGUGGUCAUUGUGGGGGGAAUGGUCUGAAUGCAGUCAAAGUUGUGGCGGUGGAGAACAGAAACGUAGAAGGAUAUGCAGCAGUGAACGACAAUGUGAUGGACCUUCGCAAAUGGCUCGUCCAUGUAAUGAACAGCCGUGCGUAUCAGCCGAAUGGACCCCAUGGUCGCCUUGGGAACCAUGCUCUGCCACAUGUGGUACUGGGAAGCAGGAAAGAUACAGGCAAUGCCUCGAUGGUCCUUCAUGUCCGGGCCCUUCAUCCGAGCAAAGAAUCUGUGAAGCUGGUUUAUGCCCAUCAUGGGCCGAAUGGCAACCGUGGAGUUCGUGCAGUAAGUCGUGUGGUACGGGACACAAACUCGUGAACGACUCUGUCAAAAUGGAAGAAGAUGUGAAGGAGAUGGUGAAGAAAGAGCAUUCUGUAAUCAACAGUCAUGUCCUGAAUGGAUCACAUGGUCCGAGUGGAGUGUAUGCAGUGAGUCGUGCGGUGAUACCGCCACAAAAAUUCGAACGAGGAACAGCUCAAGAUCAAGCACCUUGUCGUUCGAACCAAUGUCCGGAGUGGGCAAACUGGCAGGAUUGGUCCGAGUGUAGCGUGACUUGUGGUCAUGGACAACAAAUCAGAAGGCGUACUUGUCAACCAGAUGGAGCGUCUUGUGAUGGUAAUGAAAAAGAGUAUCGAUUCUGUCAGGACUCAGCAUGUCCUUAUUGGGAUGAGUGGUCAGCAUGGAGUGCAUGCUCCGUGACAUGUGGUAUUGGUGCCCGCGAAAGAAGACGCAAGUGUAUCAAAGGUGAUGGAAGUGUACUGUCAAAUAUUGACGAAAUUAUUGCGGACGGAACAGAAGAAAUCGAUAUGAAAAGUGCAGCAAAAGCAAAAUUAAUUGAAAUUAAUCGAAAUCGUCAACGGAAUCGAGAUGGGGCAUUUACAGAAGAGAAAGACACUAGUCAAAUUCAGUUCCAAACAGACCUACCUGCCGACGUACUUGCGGUCCGUGUUGUGUAUUAUCACAGUGGUCUCCGUGGACUUCGUGCAGUGCAUCCUGUGGAGGAGGGCAUAGAUCAAGCACAGCGUUUACCUUCUAUCGGCGUUCAAAGAGUGGACGAAUUUCGAGGGCGCUUAAACAAUCGUUUGCCACCACCAGCUUCUGGCUAUGCCGUGCCUCGUGAUUCAGCUUUUUCAGACGAUUCAUCCCGAUUUUUGCGUCCAAAAUAUCAAUCGAGACCAAUAUUCGCAGAUGUUAGAGGACUUCAGCCCAUAAUACCAGUCAAGCAUUUCUCACGACCACGACGACAAGCUUCUUCUCGUAACCAAGGGAAUCAUUAUUCAUACAAAUCACAGUGUCAAUGCGAAGGAAAGCUAUUCGAAGAGGGCGAGUGCAAUGUAGAGCCAUGUGUUCCUACGCCAGAAUCACAACGAAGUGAUUGUGCCUGGUCUGAAUGGGGAGAAUGGUGCGGUUGUAGUGGACCGUGCAAUGUGGCAGCACGAAUUCGUAGUCGUUACUGUGAUCGUGCAUCGUCAUUAACAUCGUCCACGUUCGAUCGAAGACCAUCGCUUCCCGAUAAAAAUUGCAAGUGUAUUGGUGAAACAAGCCAAUUCUCUCAAUGUCCACCAACGAUUUGCUCUCCGUCUUCUUUCAACCGUGACCCGACACCGACAUCAUCUAACUUUUAUGCUGCAGCAGCAUCAGACAUAGGCAGUAAUCUAAGAGACAAUCGGUUGAGUGGUUGUAGUUGGUCUGAAUGGAAUCCUUGGGGUGCGUGUGUAGGUGGUAUCAAAACACGAACACGAUCGUGUGUAGGUACCUCAGCUGUUGCGAUUCGCUGUCAGUGUGUAGGACCGGUAAUAAGUCAAUCAGUCUGUGUGUCCAAUUCACUCAGACAGAAAACUUCGAAUGAUCAUUCAAAGGCCGAGCCAUCAUCGUUGUCCUCAUUUUCAACAGUUCCUGACCCCCAAGACGACAGAAUUGCAUUAGAGAAUCGAGAUCGAGAUUAUUGCAGUUGGGAAGUAUGGGGUCCAUGGAGUAGUUGCUCUGUGAGUUGCGGAAGAGGUGGUGCAAAAAUCAGAAGAAGACAAUGUCCGUGCAGGCACUGCAAUAACGGAAGUUCUGGAACCGAAGUCCGAGACUGCGAUCUUCCUUCAUGCAGGCCUGAAGAAAAACUGAGGAAAGACCCGUUUGAUUAA